AUGGAGGAGGCUGAGCCACAAGAAGAGGAGGAUGAGCUCCCCAUGUACCAAGAGCACUACAAUGCUCUCUUCUCCAUGGACUUUGUGGAAACAAAAUACCCACAUGAUGACACAAUGAGGGCUCUUGGAAUCUUUGAGGAUGUGGACUCGAUGAGGUACCACAAGUAUGAUGAGCUCGAUCGAGCUGAGUUGGACCAAGGCUGGGGAUGGAUAAAAUUCUUGGCAAAGGGAGAAAGGAAGAUGAUCACCUUUAGGCAGCUAGAGAUCUUGUUUGGCUUCACUUAUGGGAAGGAACCAAUUGGGAUAUCAAGGAAAAUGAGCUCCAAAGUGUGUGGGCUACAAUCGCUGAAGAAGGGUUCUCUUCUUCAAGGAAGGCCACUGGGACAAUCAAUGAAGGAGAAGUCAAGCUCCUUGACAUGGGGAUUAAGCCCAUCAUCUCACGCCAGUGAUGGGAGAAAGCUCAGAGGAGACAGAGUACACGCAGGAAACCUCAUGCCUCUCCUUGACAGCUACUCUCCUACAAGACCACAGCCUAUAGCACUCAAUUUCAACAAGGAAUAA